AUGCGUUCUUCGUCCACCACAGGAGUUGAUGCAUAUUUCACUAUUUACCUUGUGAUGGAUGGCGUUAAAAGCGAGGAGGGCCAAUCAAGAUCUGGAUUUUCAGAUUGUAAACCUAAACGUAAAAGAGUCGCUGUUAACACUUUGUUCUUUCCUUACUCUCGUGGCUUGCUUAAUUACAGCAGUUCUUCAAAUACAUUGGCCAAUCUUCCUCAAUCCAGUGCAAAACCUGUAAUGUCCGUGAAACCACUUUCGGACAGUAAAGAGUCGUUUAAUGAUGAUGAAGUCAGUCAAAGCACGCGAUUAUCCGAAUUUCUUUCUUCCCAAAAUGGUUCUGCGUUUUGUAAAUCGCUUUCUGCGAAAUACCAUUGCAAUGCCUCGACUUCGUUGCAUUCUUUAAGUUAUUGUGCUCGCGAACCAACGCAUUUUAAUGAGAUUGGUUCUAAUAUCAUUAAUACUAUUCAUUCCUCUAUUCAUACAGAAAUAUCUUCAGACGCUGAAAAAGUGGAAAAUUCGUCGGAAAAAAAUCAUUUGGUGAUUCGUUUUAUGCAGCUGGAAAUAGUUUGGAUUUCUGACAUUCUUAAAUCUUUGCGCGCUUUAUCAGAUCGCGCUCUUUUGCCAUACAUUAAGAGCUCAUUUUUGCAUAGGUUCGUUUCGAUACCUGUUUGUGAAUAA